AAGAAGAAGAAAGGAACCGCACGACUGCCUGAAGAGAUUGGAAAAACGGAAGGAAAAUCCACAUAUUGAAGAUAAACUCCAGCUGAAAUGAUCGAAACGUAAAAGUUCAACUGACGUUGAAUAUUUAAAGACGAGGAUGAAGGUCAAGAUCAAGAAGUGGAACGGAGUGGCGUCGUGGUUGUGGGUUGCCAAUGACGAGAACUGCGGGAUCUGCAGGCUGGCCUUCAAUGGAUGCUGCCCGGACUGUAAGGUGCCUGGGGAUGACUGCCCGCUGGUCUGGGGUCAGUGCUCCCACUGUUUCCACAUGCACUGCAUCUUGAAGUGGCUCAACUCCCAGCAGGUCCAGCAGCAGUGCCCCAUGUGUCGACAGGAGUGGAAGUUUAAAGAAUGAGCACGAUAUGGAAACUAUUUGGGGAUUUUUUUUAAUUUUUGUUUUGGUAUGCCUGUAAAUAUGUUUUUUUUUUUUUUUUUUUUUUUACUUGUACAGUGCGUCUAAACUAAAAAUGGUAACA